GACAGGAAGCAUACGCUCACUCGUUUUGCGAUCACUGUCACGCUGUCCUUCCAUGGAGUUGUCCUAUGUAGUUUGCAGGCUGAGAGCCGGCAAACGUUUGUGGUCUGUUCUUCAAAACAGUGUCGGGGUCCGAGGCUGCAGCUGGUACACCCUUUUCGAUUCAGUGGUUAAAGAGAAGCGGGGGUCUAGGUUUCACCGGCCCGCUGUGUGUGGAAUCGAAAGGCUUUAUGGCUGCAGCAAAUUAUAUCGUUUUUUGACCACUGAUGCAUCUCAAGCCACAUUAGCCAGUGUUUCUCCAGUAUUUUCUGUGAUAAAAUUUGAUGGAGCUGGAAACAUAAUGUCUUUUGAAAGAAAAAAGACAGAGUUGUAUCAGGAGUUGGGUCUUCAAGCUCGUGAUUUGAGAUUUCAGCACCUUAUAAGCAUCAAUUCUAGAAACAAGAAAAUCAUUUUAAGACUUGAGUCCUUAAAAGCUGUUAUAACCUCAGAAUAUCUUCUGAUAUUGGAUUAUCGGAACUUAAACCUGGAGCACUGGCUAUUCAGAGAACUAGCACCUCAGCUAGCAGGAGAAGGGCAGUUAGUGACAUAUUCCUUACCUUUUGAGUUUAGAGCUUUGGAAGCAAUCCUACAACACCGGAUCAGCACUCUUCAGGGGAGACUUCAGUUUUUACAGCCAUAUAUCCUGGAAACCUUGGAAGCUUUGGUGGACCCAAAACUUCUAUCAAUAGAUAGAAGCAAAUUGCACAUUUUACUGCAAAAUGGAAAAAGUUUAUCAGAAUUAGAAACUGAUAUUAAAGUUUUCAAAGAAGCAAUACUAGAAAUACUGGAUGAAGAUGAAUUAAUUGAGGAGUUAUGUCUCACCAAGCGAACAGAUCCUCAAGCACAUGAGGAGAGUGCGUCCAGGAUAGACCAUGCUGAGGAAAUGGAACUUCUGCUGGAGAAUUACUAUAGACAAGCAGAAGAUCUUGCUAAUGCUGCUAGAGAACUAAGAGUGCUGAUUGAUGAUUCAGAGAGUGUGAUAUUCAUAAACCUGGACAGUCAUCGAAAUGUGAUGAUGCGGUUAAACUUGCAGCUUACCAUGGGAACAUUUUCACUUUCCCUCUUUGGACUCAUUGGCGUUGCAUUUGGUAUGAAUUUGGAGUCUUCAUUUGAAGAGAAUCCACAAGUUUUUUGGCUAGUUACAGGGAUUAUGUUUCUCGGAAGUGGUUUAAUCUGGAGACGCCUUCUUUCCUUUCUUGGAAGACACCUGGAACCAUCUUUACCUCCCCCUGUUCCAUCAUUGUUGAAGAGGCCGUAUCCUUUCAGCGGAAGAGUGGAGACAAGGAAUGGCCAUAAAGUUGAAGGUUUUACAUCAAGUUGGAGCAGUGCCACAAACAAAUAAGCAUCAUUGAAUAUUGUGUAGUGGAGUGACUGUUACAUUGAUAUAUUGCAUUGCUAAAGGAAAAAGAUUUAAGGUGAAGACUUUCAGUUGGACUUAAAUUGUUGCCUUUAAAACACAGGGCAUUAUAUGCCACUUUACUCAUGUUAAACCUAGUGUUAUACGUCCUAGAGGGGGUAUGUAAUUUGGUGUUGUAUUGAUACAGUGACCUGUCAGUUUCAGAACCUUGUUCAUCAGCAUUCUGUCAGCUACUAUGUACUGCUUACCAUGUUGAAAACUUUGGAAUCUCCACAAAUUUGUUCAUCCAAUUUCACAAAGAAAUUUGUGUUCAUGUUUAAUAUUUGCUGUAGUCUGCACCAAAACAAUCCUAGUGGUUUACAAACUGACACACUAACAUACUAUGAGGCUGUCUGAUCAUUAAAUCAAUCUAUCUAUUGGCUGAUCUGUCACAGGUAAGACAUUUUAUGUAAAAAUGGACCUCUAUGAAAACUCUUGUAAGGAAGUAAUUGAGUGUAUAUGCAGUAGCAUAGACUAUACUACUAGAAGCAGAGUGUACUAUAUGUUUAAUGUGUGUUUUACUGCUCUUCAAUUGUCCAAAGCAGAUUCUGUGUUUAUAAUGUACAUUGGCUAGACUAUUGUGCCUUAAAAAGUUGGUAUUCUACUUAGUAAUGCUGCUUGGUUACAUUACAUUUGUAGAUAUAAAUGAUGUAGACGAAUUAUAUAUAAUUACCCUUAUUUGUUUCAUACUUCUAUUUCUUCCUCUGUGCUCUACUGUACCUAAUUGUAAAUGCUUCCUGUUCAUUCCUUAAUUAUUAGUUUGGUUAAUGCAUCUGUUUCAUACUUUUAUUUAGUAGUAUUGGGGAAAAUAUCCAUGUGUGUGUUUAUUUUUUUUGCUUUGUUUUGUGUGUUUGUAUGAUUUUGAGGUUUACUUUUUUUAUUUAACACAUGUAUCAACACAUAGUGACUCUUUUUGUUUACUUUUUAUGUAACUUGUCUCAUUGGGCCAUAUAUUCAAAAGCUCGCCGGCAUGGAGAGCAAUCAUGCAAAAUCUUGGGAGGGGUUCAGACCUUAUGUUGUAAAGUAGGCGCGUCUCUCUUUCACAUACAAAACCCUGCAAAGUGAGAUAUUAUUAUUAUUUUAUCAGAUAUUUGUAGAGCGCCAACAGAUUCCGCAGCGCUGAUAAAUAUCUUUCAAAUUAAAAUUUGCGUUUCUAACAUUUUUUAGGGACAUCUCCAUACCGACAAGAUGCUCACUAUAGUAGUGAGCUUUUAAAUAUCAGGCCCAUUGGGUUGGAGCACAUCUGGAAUUCAGCAGUGUUGUAAUGCAAAAGACUGCUAAACAGCACCGCUGUGUUAGAAAGAAUUAAGUUAAAGGGCUAUUGUAAUGCAAAAAGUAAAUGCUUUAAUUAAUUAGAGUACAUCAUUUUAUCACUACUGACCCUACAAGGGUCAUGCUAUUGCUGGUUGGCUCAUCAGCUGUUUGCAGUCAGUAGUGCUAAAUUACGUGCUCUAUCAAAUUAGAGUGUAUAAUAUUUUACACUGUAAUGAUGAGCCUUUAAUGGCAUUUUUAAAAAUAUUUAAUACAAUUAAAAUUUCAGCUAGAUGUAGAAGAUAUGUUUUUAAACACUUAGCAUUAAUGUUGUGCAGAGAUUGUAUGUUUUAUUGUAUGUUUUUCUUAUAAUAACUUUGUACAUGAAGCCAAAUUUCAGUUUGCUUGAAACAAUAUUUUUAAUGUAUAAUUGUUAUAUUUAUUUGUAUGAAUAAUCAGUUUCUAAAUAAAAAUGAGGAAUUUUUAUUUUUUUCUAUUAAAGGGUCAGUAAAUUCACACAUACUAAAAUCGUGGGCAAUGUUCGUUUUUGCCAUUACAUUUGAAACGCUUUUAUUUAAUUUUAAUAAACAAUAUUCAAUGUUU